AUGGGUGCUGCAAGUGGCCUGGCCGAUCGUUGCCGGGACUUGCAGCACCGGGCUGCAGUGUUGAACCUCGAGCUGGACUCCCUCAAGAAAGGUGCCAGGCAAAAACGGCAAGCGAUGGAGGAGUGCUCCAGGGACGCUCGUGAUCUUGCCCAAAGACUGGAGUUGGCGGAGAAGGACCAGCCGGGUUCGACGCUGUUGGUGGAAGCUGAGGCUGCGGACUUGCACUCCGACUUCAAGGCCGAGGUGGUCUCUCUUUUGACUGAGAGAAGUGAGCUCAGGGAGUCGCUCCAGAAACAGAAGGAAAUGGCAGAGCUGCAGCAGCUGCUUGCUGACGAGAGGAUGCUGCUGGAGAAACGCCGGAUGUCUGCAGCUGACAUGCUGCGUGAAAUCGCAGACUUGGAGGAGCAGGCAGACGACCUCGAGCGAAACAGUCAACGUGUCCUUGGCGAGAUGCGCAACUCAUUGGAGAGGCUGGCGAUGCAGGUUGAAGAGCUGCGCCGCGCCAAGGAUCAGGCCGAGGAUUGGCUUGGGGCAGUCUGGGCAGCUUUGAACCAGCAACGACGAGAGCAGCUGCUGCUUCACCAGCGAGUAAAGGAAGAGGAUGAUUGGGCAGGUCGUCUGCAAGAUCGGACAGAGUCGCUAGUGGUCGAGCUGCAAGUGCUUGAGAAAGAGACACAAGCGCAACAGAGAAUCCCGGAAACAGCGGAAAAGGAAACGUUUCGCUCGCUGGCGCUGCUGCAGCAGAGCAGGAAAGAUGCUCGCCAAGCUCUGUCUCGUCAGUUGGCUCGAGGCCGUCAGGUGCAAGGUUCUCUGAAAGAGGCCGAGACCCAGCAGAUCUCCCUGCUGGAAAAUUUGCGACCGGUGAGGCCGAUGCUGACCCCUAAUUGA